AAAUGGACACACAACAAGAUCAAUAAUUAAAAAAGAAUCAACUCAAAUUCCCAGUUUCUAAAGUGAAAAAGAUUGUGCAAGAAAAUUAAGAUGUGGGCAAAAUCAACAAUGUAGUUCCUUAUGUUCUAAGUAUUACUUUGAGUGUUAUCGAAAGCAAAAUCACUUGAAUUGUUUUUAUCAGACAUCCUCUCAAAAUGCAAGGAAACUUUGAAGGACAGGAAACUUAACAAGGCUACUCCUGGUUUAUUGUAAAAAAGAUAUUAAAUUGAAGGAAGAUAGUUUUAUAGGAGUCUCAAUACGAUUUUAUGAAGGAUUACGCUUAAAAAUUGCCUGAUUUGGAGGAGAGCAAAAAGAAGAAGAAGGGUUUUCAGCAGGACGAGCAGAGUGAUGAGUUGUGCAAGAAGCGUAAGGGGAAUGAUGAGUUUGAGAAGGUGGAGAAGAAAGCAGGGGGACGAAAAUCGAAAAGAGUUCGAAGAUAAUAAUCGGAUGAUGAUUAUGAUGAAGAUGAUUGAAUUU